GCCAUCUGCUCUGCUAAUGUUGAGGUUCAUGUGAAGUGGAUGAUGUACUGGAUUGUGUUUGCCUUUUUCACCACUGCAGAAACACUCACAGACAUUGUUCUCUCCUGGUUUCCUUUUUAUUUCGAGCUGAAAAUCGCAUUUGUGAUUUGGCUGCUCUCCCCUUACACCAAGGGCUCCAGUGUCCUCUACAGGAAGUUUGUGCACCCAACGCUCUCCAAUAAGGAGAAGGAAAUUGAUGAAUACAUUACUCAGGCUCGUGACAAGAGCUACGAAACCAUGAUGCGAGUUGGCAAGAGAGGGCUAAACCUUGCUGCCAAUGCAGCAGUUACUGCAGCUGCAAAGGGCCAGGGAGUCUUGUCAGAGAAGCUGCGAAGUUUCAGCAUGCAGGAUCUCACUCUAAUCCGAGAUGAAGAUGGUUUACAUAUGCAAAGCCAUGAGCCACACCUGCACCCAUCUGGUGGGAGUCUUCUUGAAACCAUUGAGGAUUCAGCUUCCUGUUACUCCUCAGGAGAGGAGAGCAGUGUGGCACAGAGGUCUGAUGGAACCCCGUCAGAGACUAGAACAGACCCAUCAGAUGAAGAUGCAGGAGACAAACUUCCUAAACGUACCCAGAGUGUCAAAACUCCUAAGAAGAUGACAAAAGCUGAGCUUCCAGCACGAAGUGUGAAAGCGCGUCCUAAGAAGAAAGCUGCUCUUGCUUCUGGCGAAUCAUCCUAA